CGUGACUCGAACGAGUGACUUUCCGGUGAACUGUCACCGCGUUUGGCAGAAUUAGAAAUUAUGCAGUUAAAUUAGAAAUUAAAUUUUCCCUUCAGUAUAAUGUUCGAUCCACUGGCUAUCCAAGAACCGCCCAGGCUGCACGAAUGGAACAUCAUCCAGAAGCCGAAGAGCGUGGAAUGCGACUUGCGGUACGAGAACUUCCGCCGCAUGAAAAAACCCCCUAAAGGACAUGGUCCUGUAACGUGGACGGUUAGCGACAUAGCAAAAGCUGGUUGUUUGCUUAAUUGUCCCCCGUUGAAAACGAGUUUCGAAGACGAACAAGAAAUGCGCCGAGUGUACAGUCUCAUCUACGACGUGUAUAGGUAUAAAUACGUGUUAACGCAAGCUUUGAACGACAUCAACUUCUUCGCCACUUUCCCCAAGUUAUCUUCGAACGAAGCGGUGGCCUGGCUGCUGUUCUACGACCUCUACCACAGGAACUUCCACAAGCGCGAGACCUGCGUGGCGCCGCUGGCCGCCCAAUUGUUCGACGCCCACGGCUUCAGCUACCCGGAGAACGCGCUCUGGUCGCAGAAGAUCCGGCUGGCCGCCGCCGUCGCCCGCUUGCGCAUCAAAAACAACGCCCUAUCGCUGAGCGAGAUGUUGCCGCCUCAUCUCAAAGACGAGAAGGUGACCAAGCACGCCAACACCAGGCCGGUCAGUUGCUGGAUUAAUCUGCAGAAAACCAAGAACGACUAUUUGCUGUGCCAAGAAAUCGAAAGGUGUUUCGGUUUGCGACGGGUGACCGAUAACGUGUUGAAUCCGCACAUGUACAAAUGGGACAGGCACUGUCCGGAAACUGUGGUGUUUCAUUCGGCGCUGAGGUCCGAGCUGGCCAAGAGCCGCUUCGUGAAAGAUCACUCUAUCAUAGUACAGGAUAAAUCGUUCUGUUUCGGUCCGGCUACUUUCAAAAAAAUCCUGACCGAUUUGGAGCUGACGGGCAGCGUGAUACAAACGCACGUCAAUUCGCCCAGAACCACCGCCUAUUUGGCGACUCUGCUAUCCCAAAACGAUAAAAUCAAGAACCUGUUGGCGUUCAGUGCAGGUAAAAGGAAAGCCGAAUACGAAAUGUACUUCAACGAACUGGGCAUGUCCAACAUCAAAUUAUUCUCCGAUAGAUUAAUCGACACGGCGCCGGACGCCCAUUACAUGGAAGAAGUCGUGGCCGUCUACGCCACGCCGCCCAACAGUUACUCUGCAGUAGCGGAUCCCAUUGACUUGGUUUGCAGCCGAGGAGGCGACCUCUCCAUGCUGGAGAUCCUCACCGAGACGGGCGAUUCGAAGGAGGCGCGCGAACGCAUCGCCGCCAUCCUCGACGAGCAGCAGAAGACGCUGCGCUUCGCCAUGUCGCGGCCGCAGAUCCAGUUCGUGCUGUACGAGACCCACUCGGAAUUGGACGCCGAGAACUGCUGCAUGGUGAACAUGACGCUGAAGGAGAUCAACAAGAUAGCCAAGCUGCACCACGCGUCGCUGCAAGGGAAACUGUGCGCGCCCCAUCCGAGCGAAACCGCCAUAGAUUAUAAAGGUUUGGCGUACUACGAUGACGAAGCGAGCGAAUCGUCUCUGACGACUCCUUCUAAGAUUACCGUGCUAUCCGAAAUGACCGACGAGCAAGAGAGAUUCCUGGAAUCUAUCCAAGUGCCCGAUACGGAUCAGUUCGAUCAAUUCCCUUUACCCAUGCUGUGCGAUAACGAAAAAUGCAAGAUGUUCGCCUGUCCGGGUUGUUACUUGGCUUACUUGAAAAGAAAGGAAGUUAUCCGCCUGGACGAUAAAUAUAUGAUCAAAAUGGCGGAGCAACGCGGUCUAUUCGGCGCCCAAUCGAACGACGCCAAUAUCAAAUCGAAAUCAUCGAAAACGUCGAGGAAGAAGAUCGAAAAGGACGAAAAAACUAACGUCGCGCAUAAGAAAUUUGCCGAUACUGAGAAUGAAUGUUACGAAUGUUCGACUCAGACGCGGGACAAGUUCGUCCGGCAACCUGUUAGAGUGUACCAGCUAUCCGACAGUGAAGACAACUUGGUCCUGGUGAAUCCUUCCCCGGUGAUAAUCAAGCCGGUAAAAGCGCAGAGACAAGGGAAGUACACGCAGUCGCCCAGCUUGCACAGAUUCAGUUUGGCCAGGCUUCAAAGGGAGAACGAGAAGCCCAUACCGGAAUGCGAGCAUUUCUUCGCCAGCAAGAAGAAGAAGGACGUAUCGAUAUUGGUCCAACCGUCGUCCAAGCCGAUUCUGUCCAAAUUGUCCAGCGCUCACAUUCGCCAGUUCGUGUCGCCCUUCUACAAGCAGCUGGACACGCCCAACGUGUCCGGGCCGCCCUUGACGGAAAUCUUCAAGAUGAACCUCCAAGAGGAGUCCGAGAAGUUCACCGACAUUCUGACGAGGUCGCAGAAGAACUGCGUCCAGACGAAUCCGAGGCUCACCAAGAAGAAGAUCGUGCUGCCCAAAAUCGAUUCGCCCGUCGUGCAAUACGAGAUACCCAGAUUACGGAAGAGGAUGAAGAGGAUUGAUAAAAUCAUUUCCAGGUUGUCUACACCCACUCACAGUUCCAGAGCGAGGAGCGUGCCGGGGAAGGAGCCGAAAAAGGAGGCGGUGAAGGAGCCCCCGAAGGAUUCGAGUAAUUCGACAGAAGAGCAGGAAGUACCGGAGUGUAAGCAUUGCCACCUGAGGGACAUGAGACACGAAAAGGACGAUCCCACCUACGAUGAGUUGCAGGAUUAUUUAGACAAAUUGCAGCCCAUUAUUGACUGAAUUUCGCAAGUAUUGCAGAAUUAAUGAAAUUAAAAUAGCGUGUCGUCCAGUGGAUCGAUUAAAAUUUCGGUGUAUAUUGAUAAAAGUCUCGUUUGGAAG